AUGAAAGAAGAUGGGACAGAUCUUGACAGAAAUGCAAGGGUUAGUCUAGUGAAUUACCCUAUUGCAUCCAUCUUCAGCCAGCUGGAUGUGACUCUGGGAGGCAGGCUCAUCACGCAGUCACAUAACGCAUAUCCAUCCAGAGGGUUUAUAGAAGCUGUACUGAAUUACAGCAAUGAUACUAUGAACACUCAGUUCUCUGCAGGCCUGUUUUACAAAGACACAGCUGCUCAACAUGAAUCAACUGCCAUGGAUGGAGACAACAAAGGGUUUGUUAAAAGAGCAGCUCUAGCGGCUGAAAGUAGAAAAAUAGAUUUGCUGGGUCAGCUUCACAGUGACCUGUUUUUCCAAGAAAAACUGCUCUUAAAUGGCAUGGAUGUCAAAAUUAAACUGACAUGCAGUAAAGAUACUUUUUGCCUCAUGACGAAUGAUUUAAACAGGGGAUGCAAAUUAAACAUCUUGUCUGCUUCCCUUUUUGUUAAGAAAGUCAGAGUAGCCCCGGGUGUCCGUUUAGGCCAUGCAGAGGCGCUCUUCACAGCUAAUGCCAAAUAUCCUGUGGACUGCAUGGGCAUCAAAGCGUUUAGCAUCCCUGCAGGAAGUCGUCAUUAUGACAUCAAUUUCUUUACUCUCUACUUGGAUGGAGAACAGGUACCCACAAAACCACUGCAGCUGGACUUUGAAGGUGGAAACUGCGUGAGGGAAUACAUGCAGCUGGUUCAUGCCGCUGGUAAACAUAUGAAAGACAGAUCUUUGCUAGUAAACCGCGAGGAGUUUACACAGGGCUACACGCUAUUUGCAUUUGAUCUUUCCCCACAUCAGGAAUGUGCAGACCACUAUUCCUUGAUUAAAACUGGGAACCUGUGGGCUGAAGUACAGUUUGCUAGAGCAUUGCCUCACACUGUCAACAUGAUCGUCUAUGGUGUUUUUGACAACGUUAUAGAGAUAAACCACAGGCGAAAUGUUUUGUUUGACUAUAUGUAA